UGAUGUUUUGAAUUUUUUGUAGUUCGCCGUGAAAACAGCUGAUAAAUAGCAGUUAAUGUUACCGCGUUACAUGACAUUUCAGUCUUAAUUUGACUGAUAUCGUGACAAUGACCUUCUGUUACACGCACUCCGGCUACGACUUUUGACCAACGACUGGAUUUGUCAAAGGCUGGUCUUGUUUUCAGUAUUAUUCUGUGUAGCAGUACUUGAAGCUAGCUAAUCUUAACCUACUGUCUUUCAGCUAUAGUCAAGGUUUUUUCAAUAUAUAUACAUUUAACAGACGGUAAAACCUUUUAAUAAAAGGACUGUAUUCAUGGAAAGUAAUUAAAGCUUUCUUCAAGCAGUGUGUAUCUGAAUUGUUACCAGUGUAGCUGACGCUAAGCUAACAUUUGGUCAAGUUUCAUUGUCACAAUAUUUUACACUAAAUGUAUUGAAACACGUACAGCCAACAGGACAAAACAGAGGUAGUUUAAAGUAAUGUUGGCUUACAGUGCAUGAGUUAGUGGUCUUGUGCUGAGAGGAGAGAGAGAGAAAGGUGAUGUCUGAGGUCAGUGUAAAGUCGUAUGAACCGGACGAAGGGACAUACGGUGACCAGGGUGGACCGUGUCCUGACCCCGUGAAACCUCUGAGUAGUGAAGCCUCCCGGCCUGACCUGCAGGGUCUUCUUCCUGCUGGUCACCUGUCCUCAGCAGACGUUAGCCCCUCACCUUCUGCUGAGGCAAGUGGCUUGUUGUCAUUACCAUGGGAGAUGGUAACCCACAUUGCUUCACACCUUCCUGCUCAGUGUGUCAUCACUGUACUGCCAAAGGUCUGUCAUGCAUUGGGUAAUGUAGGAAAGGACAGCACUGCUUGGCAGCUCCGAGCACGCAGACUAAUAGGACCCCAAGCUGGCUUUCCAGUGGGGCCAAGGGAGGACUUUGACUGGCCUACUGCUUGCCUGGAGAUGGAGCAGCUGAUAACCUGCUGGACAAGCCAAGCACACCUUUUAGCCAGACAGACCCAAGAGGUUGUGGAGGAAAGGGGUCAAGUAAGGCAGCAGCAAAGGGGAGGGCAGGAUGGGGAACCAGGUGUGGAGGGAGGUGGAGGAGAGGCUGAAGUAGAAGGAGUGGGAGUGGCAGCGCAAGAGGCUGCGUAUGGUGCUGAUGAAGGGAUGGAGGUGGCAAUAGAAGGUGAGGAUGGUGAAAUCCAGCCCAUUGAAGGUGAGGACCAACUGGCAAGAUUGAGAGAGGAGUUGGAAGAGAGACUGGAGGAUGAUGCGCCGGCACUAAUGGCAGAAGAAAGGGACCACAGGAUGAUGUUUGAUGCUAAUGAAGGGCAAGGUGGUGCUCUUAAUCACCAAGAGGGCUUGGCAGACCCCAGGAAUAAUGGUAAUGGAAGACUUGAAGAGAUGGAGCACUGUCAACCUGCUAGAAGUCCUAGCCCACCCCCAUCGCUGGAGUGCAUCACCCUACCCUCUGGCCACAUUGCCCAGGUCAACUCAGUCCUCCUUGUGGGGGGAGAGGGGACGGUUUGUGCUACUGGUUCCAGAGACUGGAAUGUUAAACUGUGGGAUCUGCAAGCAGGUCCUAGUGGCACACUGCUGCACACAUUGGGAGGGCAGGGUGACUUCAGCACCCAUCGGGGCUGGGUCUGGUGUCUGGCAUCUCAGGAAUCUCAGGAAUCUCUGCUGGCUUCAGGGGGCUUUGACAGCACAGUGAGGCUAUGGGACCUACAGGCAGGUGGUGCAGAGAGGGGCCUGAUCAGGGCUGGGGCUGCUGUCCUCUGCUUGUCCUGUCAGACGGAUGUGUUGCUGGCUGGUACGUUUGACAAGAGGGUCAGCAUGUAUGACACCAGAGCUGCUGAGCCCCUGGUAAAAAGCCUCCGUCUCCAUGGUAACGCUGUAAUGUGCCUAGCUGCAGAUGACAAGUACAUCAUCUCUGGAAGUAAGGACUGCACUGUGGCUGUUUAUGACCGCAGGGCAGGCAAAGGCUUAAAAAAACUUCAGCUGAGCUCUUAUCUGCUGUCCAUGAGCUACAGUGGCAGUGAGGUGUGGGCAGGAGACAAUGGUGGCAAGCUCCACUCCUUUUCUAUGCAGGCAGGGACCUUAAAACCCCUGUCCCAGUUUGAUGUGGGACACACAGCUCUGGUCACUGGCAUCCACAGGACUCCUGGAAGCCUCUACACCUGUUCAUCUGAUCGUACUGUCAAGGUACACGUCCCUUGUGCGCCUCCAAGGACGUUAUGCACACUGCAUCAUCAAGCUGGAGUCAAUGGGCUGAGUGUGGAUGCUGGAGUCCUUGCUGUAGCCUCAGGGGAUGUGUGUGUAGAAGUCUGGAGGCCCAGAAAAUGAGAGAGCAACACCUGCAAACUAUGUGACAAGAUUUGAAGACUGAAUACUGAAUACUAUACUGGUCUUUCAGCAUUUUGGAAUUUAGAAUAUAUGGCGUACACAACGGCAAGUAGCUGAAAUAAAAGGAAAAAAAAAGAAACAGUUCUCUUUACUUGCAGCAUGGCUGGUUAACACCUGUGCACAUUUUGUUGUGUUGCAGCCUGAUGCUAAAAUCCUUUAAGUUAAUUUUUUCCCUCAUCAGUCUACACUCAAUACCCCAUAAAAAUAAAGGGGAAACUGAAUUUUAGAAAUUAUUCACAAUUUAUUCAAAAGGAAAAACUGAAUUAUCACAUUGACAUAAGUAUUCAGACCCAUUGCUUUGACACUUGAAAUUUAACUCAGCAGCCUCCCUUUUCUCUUGAUCAUCUGAGACUUUUCUACACCUUGACCGUAAUGAAUAGACACAUGAAAACCACUUGGAGCAUCAUGGUGUGGGGGUGUUUUUCAGCAACAGGGAAAAGGGAGACUGGUCGAGGUUGAGGGAAAUCUGAAGGGAACCAAGUAAAGAGAUAUCCUUAACGAAAACCAGGACCUCAGACUGGGCUGACAGUUCACUUUCCAGCGGGACAAUGACUCUAAGCUCACAGCCCAGACAAUGCAGGAGUGGCUUAGGGACAACUCUGUGAACAUCCUUGAGUGGCCCAACCCUAAUCGAACAUUUCUGGAGUGAAAAUUGCCGUCCACCGAUGGUCCCCAUCCAACCUGACAGAGCUUGAGAGGAUCUGUAGAGAAGAAUGGCAGAAAAUCCCCAAAUCCAGGUAUGUAAAGCUUGUUGUGUCAUACCCAAGAAGACUCAAGGUUUUAAUCGCUGAAGGUCCUUCAACUAAUUGCUGAGGAAGGAGUCUGAAUGCUGAUAUUUCAGUUUUUCCUUUUUAAUAAAUCAGUAAAAAUAUCUGUUUUCACUUUGUCAUUAUGGGGUAUUGAGUGUAGAUUGAUGAGGGGAAAGUAAAUUUAAACGAUUUUAGCAUAAGGAUGCAAGAUAAUAAGGUGUGAAAAAAGUGAAGGGGCCUGAACACUUUCUGAAAGCAUUGCAUCAAGAGAAAUGUAAGUGUAAAUAAGUUAACAAAUUAAUAUGAAAAAGUAAGAUUGGAAAUAAAGACAUUUGUGGUACAUAUGGCCAAACAAAUGAUUUUAUUUUGCUGCACUGCCAAACUCAUGUUAAAAAGUGUGAAACUAAUGUUUUCAGAGAUAGUGCUACCAGAUGUUUAGUGGCAUUGCUAAUUUUUAUUUCCUGGUGUGUUUUUAUUGUUCUAUAGCAGAGUUGUUUUGGGAAGGUUGUGGUCACUUACCAAAAACUCUCAACCAAUUUUCUUCUUUUUUUGUCCUCGUUUGAUUACGUUUAGAUUUUUCUGUAGACAAAAAAACACAUAAAUACAGGAAACGUGUUUCCUGCAUCUAUUAUUUGUCAUUUUGUGCAAGUACUGAAAGCUUUAAAAAAAAACAAAAAAAACAACA